GCUCACCCGAAAACAUUUCAAAAACACAAUGGCAAGAAUGUAAGGAUUACCGCUUCUUGUUUCAAGUAAGGAAAUACCUCAAAAAGGGAGUGGUGAUGUCAGGGUAACGUUAGGCACUUUAAUUGAGGCGGAGGCGCUGGGAUUAACCACUCAUUCUGACUUGGCUAGCCACUAGCCAGCUAGCUAAUGUUAGUAGCUGGUUAAUAGUAACGUGUUGGCUCUACGUGUGUCUAUCACUGGUUAGCCUACCUCUGAGCUCGGCAAGUGCCAAGACAACCUGCCAAGCUUGUUUUCAGCUGUGAUCUCAGAAACCAGCAUGGCUGACUCCAGCAGCAGUAAGCCACUUGUGGUCACAUCUUCCGUGUCACUCAAGGUGACCGCACCCUCUUUCUACAACCAACCAAAGAAGUUUGCCUCAGUGGCGCCCCCUCGCCCCAGAGGACAAGCCACCUCGACGGUGGUCAGCACGGGGGUCAUUGGUAGGGUGGGAGAGAUGCCACCACCCCCACCAUCAUUCUGUGAGGAUUUCCCACCCCCUCCUCCGCCAUUGGAUGACGCGGAGCUGCCUGCCCCUCCCCCGGAGUAUGAUGCACCUCCCCCUGCAUUCCCUGCCCCUCCCCCUCCAGCUGUGGAGGACCUGCCCUUCCCAGCACCCCCAGAAGAAGUCACCUCUGACCCCUCCGACCCCUCACCUCCUCCUCCUCCCCCUCCUCCUCCCCCACCACUUCCUGCGUCCAAUUCCACCAACAACAACCAGCCAUUGGCUAAAUCUCCGGCCGCUGUUCAGCCAUUGGCCAAAUCUCCGGCCCCUGUUCAGCCAUUGGCCAAGUCUCCGGCCCCUGUUCAGCCAUUGGCCAAGUCUCCGGCCCCUGUUCAGCCAUUGGCUAAAUCUCCGGCCCCUGUUCAGCCAUUGGCCAAAUCUCCGGCCCCUGUUCAGCCAUUGGCCAAGUCUCCGGCGCCAGCCACAGCACCCAAGUCCUCUUUCUCUCCCUCCCAGCCAGCGUCUUCCACCCCAAAAGCAAGCAACGCCUCUGCUGGGUCAUGGGGGUCCAGCCCUUCACCAGCUGCAUUUAACGCCCCCAAACCUGCCCACUCGAGCUCGUACCCUCCCCCUCCCCCCAUGGCUCCUCCCCCCCCUGCAAACGUGCCGUCUGCCCCGGCUGUCAAUCACUCCAAACCUUCUCCUAUUGGCAGCCAGGAGAAUCUGAGCCAGCCCACUGCUCCAGCUCUCCAGCCCAAGCCCAUGCCAUCGCUUGCCUCAUCCAGCAGCCAACCAGCAAGGAGUCCUGCUCCGCCCAAGUCGUCUGGCUCGGGCUCAGGCGUCGGUGGAGUGCCUCUGACCAUGCGCGAGGUGGAGGAGCUGGAGAGACUGACCCACGACUUCAUCAAAGACAUGGACACACACGCUCCUGUGAUCACUUCGCCACCCACAGAGAUGUGUGGUAAGUGUGGGCAGGCCCUGUCCCGUACGCAGCCUGCGGUGAAGGCCAUGCACAAGCUCUUCCACUCCGACUGCUUCUGCUGCAUGUCCUGCCAUCGCCCCCUACAGGGCAUGCAGUUCUAUGACAAGGAUGGCACACCUCAGUGCGAGGACUGCUAUGUGAACUCCCUGGCGAUGUGUUCACGCUGUGGUGAGCGGAUCACUGACCGCGUGCUCAAGGCGGUGGGCCAGUGCUUCCACGCCCACUGUUUCCGCUGCACCACCUGCAGCUGCAGCCUGGAGGGGGCGCCCUUCAUCACCGACGACAACAACAACCCCUUCUGCGUGCCCGAUUACCACCGGCGCUUCUCUCCUAUCUGUGUGAGCUGCAACGAGCCCAUCAUCCCUGACCCGGGCAGUGAGGAGACGGUGAGGGUGGUGGCUCUGGAGAAGAACUUUCACCUCAAGUGCUACAGAUGCGAGGAUUGUGCCAGGCCCCUGUCUAUAGAGGCGGAUUCUGACGGCUGCUUCCCAUUGGACGGCAGGAUCCUCUGCAUGAAGUGCCACACCCAGCGGGCCAAACAGGCUGGGCAUUGAUUGGCUGAGAGUCCUGACCGUUACUUUAAAACUCAAAACUUUGAAAUCACACUUUGGCACAGAUGUCAGCCAGCUUUUCAUCAUGGCUUUGCAUUAGGGCUGCGUGUGUGUGUGUGAGCGUGAGUGUGUCUGUGUAUGCAAAUGCAAAUUUCUCUGCUUUGUGCACACAGUGUGUGCGCGUGUGUGUCUGAGAUCGGUGGUAAUGUACUGCUCUCAGUCUCGAUCAAGUUCUACAACCGCGGCCGUCUCUCUGCAGGGCCUGCCAGUCCAUCGCUCUUAUCGCUGUGCCUACAUCUCCCAGCAUGACUUGCACAGGCGCUUGCAGCACAUAGGACAAAAUGAACGUUUAGAGCCUCCCCACAGUCUCUUGGGGCAGUUUUCUUUCUUAUUUGUAGUUUUUUUUUUUUCAUAUGCACUUUGGAACUAGAUGAAAUCAGUCAAAUAGUGGCACAGUGCUUCACUAGCUCCAGCACCCACAAGACCGUGCGCGUGUGUUGUAGUGCUUAUCAAGAAGUGCACCCCUAGGGUUAAAACCUGAGUUCACAAGAAAAAAAAGACAAGAAAUACUCUUUAAAAAAAUAAGAAAGCAGCUUUCCAGUAUGUCUGUCUGACAUGAGCAUGCAGUGAACAUUGGAAAAAAGGUGACUUCAAAUGGCAUUAUGGCCACUUCAAAUCAAAUAUUUGUAUGUAAUUAUGUGUAAAACUGCUUUGCACCAAAAGACAGACAGAUACGUUAGAAUCCAAGAGAAGUAUCUUAAUAGCACUCCAACGUUAAAUAGCAACUAGAGCACAACUAGACGGCUUCGGACAAUUCUGCUCUGUUCGAUAAAUGCUGCAUUGAGCAAAGUAGUGGACCUAAAAAGCCUCCCUUUGAUGGCUCACUGUAAGGUGUUGGGAGGAGGGUCCUCAGUUUGAAAUGCUUUAGGUGAGGCUUAGACAUAGACACGGUUCGCACACAGUCAGAAGGCCUCUCACAAUCAUCGAUUUUUUUCUGUCACUGAGGUGUGGAAUCCUAUCAGGUGUUUGUUUUAAAGGCUAGUGUAUCUGUGAGAAUCAUGUGUCUCAUACGUGUUUGAUGACCUAUGAAUGCUAGUAAGUGCAUUAACAGACAGAACCAGACUAAUGCUGUCCCAGGUUAUACCCAUUCCUCUUUAUCCCAGGUUAUACCCAUUCCUCUUUAUCCCAGGUUAUACCCAUUCCUCUUUAUCCCAGGUUAUACCCAUUCCUCUUUAUCCCAAGUGUUCAUUCCUUCUUGGCGAUUCUGCGAUGAUCAUGAACUUACAGCACAGUAUUCUUUGCUUUCUUUUUGUACAUCUUUUACUAAUGAACUAAGGAACACCACUAUUUUCAUUUAUACAGUUACUUUCUUCUGAGUUUCUUCCUUUUGAUGUACUGUAGUGUACGUUUCCAAAUGUAUCACUUUAUUCCUAUGAAAAUAACGAUUGCUUGUGUUUUAUUUCCAUUUAACUUUGAACUGAUCUGUUUGGUGUUGUGUGUUUUUUUUUUUU